GUCUUUUCUUAGAAUCUUUUUUUUUUUGUUCCUGCGAAUUUUCUGAGCUUCACAAAAAUGGCGACUGUUCCUGAACUUGAAGAAGAGAGAUUGAGAAUGAGAAGCUUCAUUGAGGAAGAAGAAGAAGAGCAUGAAUUGAAGAAGCUAGCGAAGUCAUUUCUAGGUUUAAGUUUCUCAGUAAUGCUAGCUCAUCUCCCAAACGACGCAAUCUCUCUCGUCCCGAGGUUAACAUCCGAAAUCAAAGAGCUGAAACGGCGUCUCGCGGCGGCGGAGGAACAAGUCCGUCAGAUGAAAUCUCGGCGCGUGGAGGACUCAAAAGCCAACGCGCGCGUGGUCGAUAUCUUCGCUAGUCACAGGAACGCUUGGCAAGAGGAGGAGAAACGUUUGAUGAAUCGGAUUCACGAAAUGGAAGAAGAGAGGGAAGAGUUUAUGAAUAGGGUUAAUGAAUUGGAGAGAGAGGUGAGUGAGAGAGAUGAGAUGAUUGGGUUUAUGUCUAGAAGAGGUGUUGAGGAAGAAGAUGAUGAUGGAGAAGGACAAGGAGGAGGAGGAGGAGAUGAGUCUAUUGAACGUUACGGUGUUGAUCACCUCACUGUAUCUUCAUCACCUAAUGCUUAUGGGAUUGACCCAAGUUCCAAUUUUAAUCCUUUCCAGGAUGUACAGUAUGAAUCUUUGGAAUCUGUGUACCGUAUGAAGCAUUUUGUCCCAAGAAGGGAAUCACCAUGGAAGAUUGAUAGUGAAGCGACUGGUGUUUCUGCGAAAUUGAGGUUACUUGAAGAGGAAUUAGUAAAUCUUGAGAAAGUUUGUCGUAGUGACAUUUCGAAAGUUCCCUCUUUGCUGAGAAAACAGGCUAAGAGGUAUCAAGCUCUUUCGGGGAAGAUCGAUGAUCUAUGCAGAAGAAUGCAGAGUAGUGAUCCGUGUGAUGCGACAUUAGGACCCGAGUUCAGGACGCAAAGACAAACCGAGUUUCUGCUUGAGUGUUUCAGGCUUCAGCAGCGGGCAUCGGAGACAGGGCAGAAGCUAGUUUCAUUACAGACAGAAAUCUCUAGGAGUAAUCAAGGAGAUCAUCUAAACCAAGCCAAGAUGAACACAGGAAGGACGCUGGAUUUGAUCAAGAACAAUUUGAAAGAAGUUCAAAGAAACUUGGAGAUUUGGCUGGCUAGGAUCAUUGGAGAUCUCGAAGGCAUACUUGCUAGAGACGGGGCUUCGCGUGUUAGGGAAUUCUACGUUGCUCGAUACCCUUUUGUUCAGUAGAAUUCAUAAUUCUCACAUCUUAUAAGGCUAACUCGCCAUUUUUUUUGUUUCCUUCGGCUUAAUGUUAUGUAUGUGUCUGUAACUGUGGUUAACCUUGUAAAAGACCAGUGUAGAGUCAAGUCUAGGGUCAAGUGUGAACUAAGUGGGUCAUCUUUGUAAGUCGCAAUGAAUUUAAUAAUGAAGAUUAGAAUC